GCGGGGUCGGGGAGGGAGGAGCGCGGGCGUCGCGCUCAGUGUGUCGGCGCGCGUCGCCGCCGCGAUGGGCAACCACUAUUCCGCCUCACACAAUGCAUUCAAGCCCAGGAAGAACGUUCAUUGGAAAUCUGCAGGAAGACCCGCACCACCAGGUAAACCACAGAUAAUACCAAUACUAUCCGACGAUGAGCCGAAUGCAAUUACAUUAAAAUGGGCGCCAGCGACGCACGACGGAGGAGCGCCUUUACGAGGAUAUCAGGUCGAAUGUAACAGGUUAGGAUCAACAGAAUGGAUACGCACUGCACCACCAAUCGUAUUGCGGCCCGAACUGGUACUAACAGGCCUCGAACCACCACAUAAAUAUCAAUUUAGAGUUGCAGCUCUGAACGACGUCGGUCACUCUAACUACAGUGAGCUUUCAGACGUACUCACAGUUAGUUCCGAUCGAGCGUCGCAGGAACCUCCGGUUUUUAUUAAACGUUUGGAGGAUGUCACUGCUUUAGAAAACGAUAAAGUAGAAUUCCAUGUCACUUUUAGUGGUAUACCGUCUCCUACGAUUGCGUGGUUCAAAGACGACUACGAGAUAUUUAGUAGUAGGAGAACCGCUAUAACAACAGAUGAGUCGACAAGCGUACUUUUAUUUCAUCAAAUAUUACCCAGCGACGAAGGUGAAAUUAAAUGCACAGCAACUAACCGUGGCGGACAUGCUGUUACCAAAGCACGUCUUUGUUUAGAAGCUGCACCGAAAUUACGUUACCCCCGCCAAUAUGAAGACGGGCUGCUUUACGAAAUAAACGAAACAAUAUUUUUAAAGACAACGAUAGUUGGAAAACCGACCCCUACCAUAGAAUGGCGCCACGAUGGCCACCCCAUUAUAACGGACGAUCGAAUCGAAAUUUCAAUCACUCCUAAAUUCUCCGUACUGAAAAUACAUUCAGCAAAAAGAAGUGAUCGUGGCGAAUAUCAAAUACAAGCGAAAAAUAUUAUUGGAGAAGAUACAGCCGCUUUUCUCGUAACGGUCACCGCACCACCAGAUCCUCCACGAAAUGUUUCGGUCACGAGACAAGUUGAUAAGUCUGUCACAUUAGAUUGGGAGCCACCUGCAGAUGAUGGGGGAUGCAAAGUUGGUAAUUACAUAGUCGAAUACUACCGAACGGGGUGGAAUGUCUGGUUAAAAGCUAUAACUAGUCGCAAAACCAACGUCACAUUAUUUGAUCUUAUUGAAGGAAGUGAAUAUAAAUUUCGAAUUAAAGCAGAAAGUCCUUAUGGCAUGAGCGCACCAAGUUCUGAAUCAUCACCAGUUCGCAUACCAGGGAGAGCCAUAGAUAUGGACUUCCUGGCAGUGGAAGCCAGAAUUAUCAAUGAGGCGUUGACGCGCGAAGAUGGCGAGGAACCACGUAUUUCACCGGCGCCAAGACGAAAACGAACUCGACUUCCACCACCAUCGCCUUCACAAGAAUUAAGUUCGAAUUCUGUACCAGAUACAUCAAGACACGAUCUACGACCUUCCCAAGCUCCAGAACAAAACGGUAGCAAUGAGUUUAUGCUCUUGCUUUACCCAGAAGUGCAGAAGCUGGCGGAAAAGACCGAUGCGCGGUCUAAACGGGAGUCUUUCCAACUGGACUUGGAUUCUUUAUCACCGCCUCCACUGUCACUUUCGGCACCUGAUUUGAGCUCUAGAUGUAUUGUACCAUUUAAGACUCUUCGUAAUGCCGUAAGUACUACACAACUACUUCACGAACGUGCAAUGGCUCGAUUUUAUAAAGCCAUUGAAAUGAAAGAGAAACAGACUAAAGACAAACAAAGUAAAACAAGUACAACUGUAAAUAACAUUCCGCUUAAUGAACAAACUAAAAACAGCUGUAGUCGAGAAACAACAGCAAAAACUGUUGAGAAAAUUAAAGGGCCAGAGAUAUUGAUUGAAAGCGAGUUUGUAGACAAUAAUGUCUAUAGUAAUGACACGCGGCAGUUAUCUCGUGAGUCGAUGGCUUCAGAUGGAAAAUGGCAACAAAUUUCAUUUGAUGAAGAUUAUACUGCUAGUACUGUUUCAACUGAUGGCGAAUAUUCGGACGAAGGUAGCUUUAACGGAGAUAUUGACAGGACUCAGUACUUAAAUGAAGAAGAAACAUACAAUCCCCGAGGAAAAGUAGCUCACCCGGUUUCUACAAAAGACACUAUCGUAGAAAAAGACGAAUUUUCGGAAAGCCAAACACUUAAACCACUUCCUGACCCAAAUUUUGUACCAAAGCCUAUUCUGAAAAGGAGAGAAAUUCCUGAACAAUCACCGGCUCAGAAUUUGAUGCCUCCUAAAUCUUUUGUAUCAGCACCAAAAACAGAAGCUAAAAGACAAGAAAAGCUAACAUUAUUCAAAAAAAUUACUAAAAUGCCCGUACAAAAACCUUUCAAUUUCCCCAAGAUUUUGAGUAAAAAUUCAAUGAACAAAAAACAAAACACUUCUGAACCCGAAAUCGAAAAAAUAAUUAGUACAAAUGAAAAGAAUCUUGACAAAAUAAAUGACGAAGGUCGCACGGUCAUUGACUAUUACGGUAACAUUGUUAAGGAAUACGGAACCCAUAAAAAAUCAACACCAAUUUACCUUAACACUGAAGAUUUGAAGGAAGUAGCCGAAAAACAAAAUAUUGAAAGGACGAAGACGCAAAAUGAUGGAAUUACUGAAACAAAUACAAGCAGCCAAAGCAAUAUGCCAAAAACAAUAAUUCAAAAUAAACCACAAAAUCGUGUGGAUAAAAACAUCAAACAAAGAAAGCAAAGUUCUAAUAACAUCACAGUGGAUCGAAAUAAAAGCAAACUAGAGGCGCCGCCAUUUUCAGACAAACACAACCAAACACAGAAAAAGAGCAUACCGCAAAUUCAAACUGUUCUUAAGAAAACUGAACGGGCCACUAUCGUUAUUCCAAUCAACUAUCAAGAAUUAGAAACUAAGGCUAAAAAGAAAGUGAGAUCAAUAAUCGACUACACCGUUGAUAUGUGCCUUUUAAUAUUGGCUUUUUGGGUUUAUUUAUUUAAAGAUGAAAGGUUAGCUAUCCCCUUUGUAAUACUUAUAGUAUAUCGUCAGUUACAAGAAACAAUUAUCAAGAAUAUUCCACCUUGGUAUAAACAUUACACACCCAACUGGCUGAAUAAGAAGACUUCCUGACCCUUUCCAAAAGACAAAUUAUGCUAUUACUAUUAAAAUGUAUUUAUUAUUAUUUGUAUGAUGUGUGAUAUGUGAAAUAUUUAUUGAAUCUAAACUUUUAUGUUUCGUUGUCGUAAUA